AAAUAAUCCCCAAUCCCCAAAAUCAACGUUUCGAACCACAAUCGAAUAUCUCACGUUUUCAAGACUUCCCUCGACGCGGCGGCGUUAGGGUUUCUGUACCACAAAGACCGAACUCCAAAAUUCGUCUAAAACCCUAAUCUAGGAAGGUUCAUAGGUAGAGGGACAUAGAGAGAGAAAAAAGGGUAUAAACCCAAAUGGAUGGUGAUGUUGCAGAACAAAUUCACGCUGUUAAUGGCGAUGAACUACAGGAACAACAAGAUGUUGAGGAGGAACAAACCGAACAAGAGUUUUAUUCAGACGAACAACAUGUAGAUGAUAGUGCAGGCGAUGAGAUAAAGCGUUCCAUCGAUGACGACAAUCGUGAUUCCUCUUCAGGAAAACUUUUUGUUGGAGGCGUCGCUUGGGAGACAACAGAAGAGACAUUUGCCAGUUACUUCAGCAAGUAUGGAGAAAUUACGGAUUCUGUAAUAAUGAUUGAUAAACUCUCUGGUAGACCUCGAGGAUUUGGAUUUGUAACAUUUUCCGAAGCCGCAGUUGCUGACAAAGUUAUCGAGGAAGAACAUGUCAUAGAUGGCAGGGCGGUGGAAGUAAAGAGGACGGUCCCUAGAGAGGACAUGCAGGUCAAAGGAGAUUUGAAAACAAGGAAAAUUUUCAUUGGUGGUAUACCACCAUCUUUUACUGAAGAUGAGUUGAAGGAAUAUUUCGCUUCUUACGGUAACAUUGCUGAGCACCAGAUUAUGUUGGAUCAUAAAACCGGCCGUUCUAGAGGCUUUGGGUUUGUCACCUUUGAGGAUGAAGAUGCUGUGGAAAAGAUAUUUUUUGAUGGCAAAACGCAUGAACUUGGAGGCAAACAGGUGGAAAUAAAGAAGGCUGAGCCAAGAAGACCUGUCAGUGAUUAUUCAAAGGAUAGCCGGAUGCGUCAUGGAGGCGGCGGCUCGUCAAAGUCAUAUGGUGGUUUCAGCGGUGGCGCUGCCGGGUAUGGAGGUGGUUAUGGUGGAAAGAUGGGCAGCAGAGGAUAUGGUGGUUAUGGUGGAUAUGGCGGCUAUGGUGGUUAUGGUGGAUAUGGGGGAAAUUAUGGUGGAGGUUCUGCAAGUUUUUAUGGUGGCUAUGGUGGAUAUGGGCAAGGAUUUGGGUUUGGUGGGCCCAUGUAUGGCGCUGCUGGAUAUGGAGGUGCCGGUUACGGUAGUGGCGGUUAUGGUACUCCUGGUGGUUACAGUGGUGCUGCUGGAUAUGGUGGUGGUAGAGGAUAUGGCACCGGUGGCGCUGGUGCUGGUGCUGGUGCUGGUGCUGGUGGGUUUGGUGGUGGUAAAGGAUAUGGCAGUGGCAGUGGAUAUGGCGGCGGUAAAGGAUAUGGGAACGGUGGUGGUGGUGGUGCAACCGGAAGGCACCAUCCUUACCGGAAGUGAGUUUAUUUACAACAGCUACACGUCAACAUCUGAUAACCGCUGGAGCAUACCAACUAUGGUUAAACCUUUUGUAUGGAAUGUUUAUUUCCCUGGUGGUUCAUAGUAAUUGUUUUCCAAAUUUAGUUGCUACUAUGUUUUGCAGAACUUCUUUGUAGCUGUAUCAGUGAUCAAUUAGAUCAGAUGGAUCUCUAGUGCUGGGAAAAAAAAAAAAAAAAAAAAAAAUCAAAA